CCAGCUAACAAUCGAAUGAGUGCGAGCCUUCCUUCAGUACCGUGAGGUGCAGUGGUAGUUGUGUUCCGCGCGCAACGGUGGCUGUGUGGCUCUCCAAGCUCAACGGGUGCUUGAUUUUGCUCAACGCUUUCGUGCUUCUCGUUUCCUGCCUUUCAGUCUGACACUGGUAACCAAGAGCUGCUGUCCACUACCUGCACGCUGUUCGAUCAAACCCGGUGUGUGUGUCGAUCGCGGCCGGUUCAUCGCGGAGAUUUUUCGAGAGUUGUUUUUUUUUCAUUUGCCUUCUACUGCUCUGUGGUGCGCAAUGUUUCCACUUGGGACCGGUCAAUAUCCGGAUCGUAGUUGGCAGUGUUCUUGUGGUUGUUUUUGCUGUUGUUGUAAUUACUGAAGCGGCUGCUAGGACCCGCAGGGGUUCCUCGUCCAGAGACAGACCUUGAAAAACAGUGAGUGCGAAUCCUGUGUGUGCACACGCAAAUCGGAAGGUUGUUUCGGUUGUACAUUACACAAAAUCUGGUUUCCCUCCGCCAUUGGUGAAGACCAAAACCUGUUAGCUGUGAAAUAUUGCGUGGUUUUGUGCGGAUCGGUGAAAUUCGAUCAGCGAGCGCCCUUCUCGGCAAACUUCCUUUCGCUGGAAACCAAAACCUGCUGAUCGAAGUGAGAAAAUGUAGCAAUCGAAUGCGACCCCAGUUUGGAAGCGAUAAGUGAAUAAUCGACAAGUGCUGAUAAGUGCUGGAAGUUUUGUGAUAAUUAAACAGAAACGCCCAAUAAAGAAACGUGAUGAAAAAUUCCUACCUUCGCGCUUUUAAUUAACGAUCUCACGAGCCGGGCUUGCCAGGCUGAACACCGAUACAUCCGAAGUGGACAUAACCGUAUAAAGAUCGGGACAGGCCAAGUGUCAGUGCUAUUUGUUUUCCGAUCAACUUUUAAUGAAAUAAUUAAUUUCACUAACCCCCGGAGACCCAUUGCGCGCUGGACGGAAAAAAGGUCUAUCUCGCUUCGGGUUCGGUGUAGUUCUAGCAAUUCGAACGACUGGUGUGUCUUUGGUGAGUGCACCCGUGGGAGAGUGUGCGACUGCGAUCGGUUCUGAAACCUGACUUCGUCAUCGUUGGUUCUGAACUUGAUUCCGCGAAGGCGCUUCGGCACCCCAAAAAAAACCGACCGCUUCCUAUAUGAUGUUGAUAGGAUCCGCCAUCGGGAGUGAGUUCGCACAGCUGCCGACCAGUGGAGCCGCCCCGUGGAGCAUGGAACCACCGAGGGCACCCGGAGGGUUACCCGGUCAGCACCAGGCGCCUCCGCCACCGACGCUGCAAUUAUCGCCUACUGUGGGCCUCUCGCCGAACCUUCCCUCGCCAGGAUCCGUCCCGUCCACGACGAAUUUGUUCGGAGCUGCCGCGGCGGCCGCAGCUGCUGCAGGAAAUCCCGCCAAUGCCCACGCCCUCGCCGGACUGGUGUCCCAGCACCGGCUACUGGAGCUGUCCCGGUUCGGCCUGCGGGGGUAUGACCUGGCACAACAUAUGCUUACCCAGCAGGGUGCGGUGUCUAAACUAUUAGGUACCCUGCGACCACCCGGUCUGAUCGGCGGGUCCAAGCCGAAAGUGGCGACACCGGCCGUCGUCUCCAAAAUCGAACAGUACAAACGGGAGAACCCGACCAUCUUCGCCUGGGAAAUCCGCGAGCGUCUCAUCUCAGAAGGCGUUUGUACCAAUGCCACCGCCCCGUCGGUGUCCUCGAUCAAUCGAAUUCUACGAAACCGGGCGGCAGAACGGGCGGCCGCGGAAUUUGCUCGUGCUGCCGGUUAUGGUCUAUACCCACCGCCACCGUACGGAGGUUUUCCAUGGCCAGCACCAGCCCAUUUGUGGCCACCGGGACAAUCACUGCCCGGAAUGACGCCACCCGGCAGUAGCAGUAAUUCCACUCCGGUAACCAUCGGAUCCCCUGGUUCCGGUUCGCACGAUACACUCGGCAGUCCGGAUGGCAACCGACUGAUUGGUGAGUUCGAUAUCGAGGGCGAAGAUUCGAACAGCUUGGAUGGAGAUCAACCAAAGUUUAGACGGAAUAGGACAACUUUUACACCGGAACAGCUGGAGGAACUGGAGAAGGAAUUCGACAAGUCGCAUUAUCCGUGCGUGAGUACGAGGGAACGGUUGGCGUCUCGAACAUCGCUGAGUGAAGCCCGUGUUCAGGUUUGGUUUUCCAACAGACGGGCGAAAUGGCGACGUCAUCAAAGAAUGAAUCUUUUAAAAAGGUCCAGCUCCCCGAGUUCCCGAGCAGCGGCAGCAGCAGCAAGUUCCGCUUUCACCCCUGGUUCCCCGCCGCCACCACCACCGGGAUCGGGAUCAAUGUCGGCCACGGGAGUCCAACCGUUGCCGGGCCUCACGGCAGCACAUCACCAAAACCAGUCAACCUCACCGGCAGUGGGAACGUCCCACCAGGCGCAGGCAGCGGCAGCAGCAGUGGCAGCAGCACAGGCGGCGUCAUUAGUCACAGCAUCAACUCCAUUAUUAAUGGGCGGUGAACACAGUGCAUUCCGCUCCCUGGUACCGACCUCGGCGGCUGCUCUGUUCGCCGGACUAACUCGCUCAUAUGCAGCCACCGCAGCCAGCUGCUCCUCAAACCCAUCGGUCAGUCCCGUUCCCAGUGAUUCAGACGAAGAAAUCAACGUCCACGACGACGAGUCUGACAUCGAGGUAUCGAGCAGGAAUGGCGAAGGAUCUACUCCACUGCAACUGACCAAACACGAACGUCACUAGGAGCGCCGGUAGUACUCAAUAUUUAAGCAAUUAUGUAAAUAUUACACUCCCCCGGUUCCGAAACCACUCGGCACACGGAACGGAACACACAAGCCCGUCCUAUUUUUACCCUCCUUCUAGGCUGUAGCUAGCAUGUACAAUACUUAUGGUGCAAUUCAGAUAUCUUUCUCUUCUCCCCGUCGCUUCGCGUUCGUUUCAACAUGGCCGCCGCCAACAUUGCCGCCGUCGUCGUUUUGUCCAUCCAUUCGACCGGUCCCUAGACCGGUAGACAGCAGCAACAGCAAACAAGCAAGCGAAAUGGAAAAGGAAACCCUAAAAAUUGAAUACCCUUGCCCAGGCGCAAACACGAUUACCCCUCGUUUUCGAAUUAAACCACACACAGUUGAGUCCACAGUUGGGCCGUGUGUGGAACAAGUGUCUGCCAUGAAUCACGCUCACCAUUCCCAUCCGGUCGUGCUAAAAUAUGGCGCACCACUAACAACACCCUUCGGCACUGGCGUUAGACGUGUAGGUGUACCGACCGAAACCUUAGACGCCAGCACGGGCGUAACACUGGUUCCUCUCAGUGACAGUAAGUUUGAUAGGUCCGGCGUCGCCACAAUGGCAGUCCUGCCGUCCGUGGUGAACGGAUGAUUUACUGAAUGGACGAAAACCGAAGAAUUGCGAAUGGUAUGUUCGGAAAAUAACUAAUUUUGUUUUCUUUCUGUACUAGUUAAUUACAGCAUUGAAAAAUUUUUUCCCGGAAAAAUUCCCAACCUUUUCCAAUACCGGCAGUAACACAAUAACGUUAGAUUUCACAGCUUGAAAUAACCUAAAAAAAUUGAGCUAAAUGGACAACGUUUGACAGCUAUCAGUGGUUUGUUUGCUUGUUUAUUCUGUAUCAUUCCAUUAUGAAGCACGUUCCUGGUCAUCUCCAGUUUAUGUUGUGUGUGAAAUUAAAAAAAAAUGGAAACACUCGUGGAGUGUUUUGCUCGAAUUGGGCGCUUUUGGCGCGGUCGUUCGUUCAAAACAGGUGCACUGUGUUACAUUGAUUUGUUGUUGUUGUGUUUUCUUGUUUUUGGCUAGAGGAUCGUAGCCUCAUAUCCGCCACUUACAUUGAUUUGCAUCGCACGAAAAAAAUGCACUUUUGGUGCAAUUUGAGAGCAACUAUUUUGCACCCGCUGUCUUUUCCGAGCAGCAAGCAUCCAAAUAAAUACCCGUCAAAAUGAACAAAUAAUAGUACAAACACUACAGAACGGUUUCAUUGAUGAAAUUUCAGUCCAAAACGACAUCAAAGUAGCCUACGCAAAUAAACAUGAAAAACGAAAAAUUGAUACCCUCUCAGGAGGCCGUUCUAUUUUGUUGGUCUUUGAGCGCUUGUUGAUGCCCCGUUUACACUUCUGCUGGCUGCCAGCAUGCUGGUGUCAGUGUACUGCCCUCUUAGGAAAAAACGUUCAACUGUGGUCCAAUGAUCCAAAGUAUUAGACCA